AUGUCGGACAGCGGCGAUGAGAUCUUGCAUAUAUGUAUGACAUGUGUUAUCCCUGUUACUGUCAAAUGGAGACGCGCCGGAUUGUAUGUAUUGCAAGGAAGAAAUCUCUUCCUGAAAGUGAGCAUGUUCUCUCGAGGCGAUUGGCACAGCUCUGGGUUUGGUGGGCGGCUAAUUGGAGGUGAUCAUUCUGCCAAGAGUUUUGACUUUGCCAUUUGCCUUUUGAGGGUGAAAAGAUGA